UCCCAUCUUAUGCAUCCCAACCGCUAAAGGAGGUCACUUUCGCUUUAAAUGCAAAUUGCCUCCUGCCAGCUCCACUUCCACGGCUCCCUUCCCUAAGAGGGGAGCAGCAAGGGCGGAGGGACCCGCUCGGAAGCCUCCGUGCAGACCCCACACCUCCAGUGGGACCUGAGGCCUAACUGGCAUCCAAUGGAGGACAAGAAGAAGAAAAGGAGUCCCAAGCCCUGCCUGACCCAGCCAGCCCAGGCCCCGGGCACACUACGAAGGGUCCCUGUGCCCACCAGCCACAGCGGCUCCUUGGCCCUGGGACUCCCUCAUCUGCCAUCCCCCAAACAGCGGGCCAAGUUCAAGAGGGUAGGCAAGGAGAAAUGCCGCCCAGUGCUGGCUGGAAGUGGGGGCGGCUCUGCAGGCACCCCCCUGCAGCACUCCUUUCUGACCGAGGUGACCGACGUCUAUGAGAUGGAGGGGGGACUGUUGAACUUGCUCAAUGACUUUCACUCAGGCCGGCUGCAGGCCUUUGGGAAGGAAUGCUCCUUUGAGCAGCUGGAGCACGUGCGGGAGAUGCAGGAGAAGCUGGCCCGGUUGCACUUCAGCCUGGACGUGUGUGGGGAGGAGGAGGAGGAGGAAGAGGAAGAGGACGGGGUCACUGAGGGGCUGCCUGAGGAACAGAAGAAGACGAUGGCUGACCGCAACCUGGACCAGCUGCUUAGCAAUCUGGAAGAUCUUAGUAAUUCUAUGUAUCCUUUCUGGGCAAUCCUUCUGUGUGUAUGUGUGUCUACACCUCCCACAGCUGAGAUGAGUUCCCUUCUUCCCACCACCCUCUAGGAGUAUUUACAAUAUAACCAACCUCUCUCCCCUUUCUGUGGAACUGAAGAAUUAGCCACAAACUGCCCCACACAGAGAUUUCACCCAAAUAGCAGGAGGAAGGUAGUUGCAGGGAAUGUGAUUUAUGUACUUACGAAGAUCUUUGCAAGUGAGGCUUUUGGCUGGCUCGGUUGAUGGAGCACAGGAUUCCCAGUCUCUGGGGUUGUGAAUUCGAGCCCCAUGUUGGAUGUAGGGAUUACUCAAAAAUAAAACUUCUAGUUACACUAGUGAAAAA